UCACGCCACUGAUGCUGCAGCCGCCAUGCGCUUCACGGUCACACACACUGAUUUAAAGUCGGGCUGGGAAUGAAGAUGAUGCGUCCAUUACUGCAAUCACACUUCAACAUGACGCGCGCUCGACUGCUGCAUCCGCUCUCUUCCCUCUGACAACACGACGUCACCUGACGACAUUUACCUGCCAUCAGUUUAAGAUGAUGAUGAUGACGGAAGAUGAUGAAGCGGAGGCUCAUCAGGUGGAUAUGGAGAGCAGACCUCGCUCGUGCAGCUGGCUGGACUCCUCGUGUGAGCUGAGCGCGGAUCUGUCGCUCGAUCUGAGCAUCUGUAAAGUGGAGUCGGAUCAUGUUUCAUCAUCAUCGUGCAUGAGGAGGAUGAUGAUGUUGGAUGCCGAAGGAUUUCAAGGCUUCACCGGAGCUGCGUUGCGUAAAACCAAGAGCUCGUCCCGGCGGAACGCGUGGGGAAACCAGUCUUACGCGGAGCUCAUCACCCGCGCCAUCGAGAGCACACCCGACAAAAGACUCACCCUGUCACAGAUCUACGACUGGAUGGUCCGAUAUGUGCCCUAUUUCAAAGAUAAAGGAGACAGCAACAGCUCUGCCGGCUGGAAGAACUCCAUUCGCCACAAUCUGUCCCUGCACACACGCUUCAUCCGUGUUCAGAAUGAGGGAACAGGCAAGAGUUCCUGGUGGAUGCUAAAUCCUGAGGGAGGCAAGUCGGGAAAAGCCCCUCGCCGCCGAGCCGUCUCCAUGGACAACAGCACCAAGUACUUGAAGAGCAAAAGGCGAGUGAGCUGUAAGAGGGAUGCUGGGAAAGCUGAGCAGGGUGCAAAGCCACCGGUGGGAUUCUGUAGCUCUCUAGAGCAUUGCAGUCCUACUAUAAUGUCUGGUACAGGUGGGCCAGUGGUUAGGGAGGACUAUGACUCCUGGACAGAUCUCCAUUCACGUACCAGCUCUUCAGCUUCAACACUUAGUGGUUGCCUGUCACCCAUCCUAGUGGAGGGGGAGCUAGGAGAGCCUGAGGAGGGAAGGUUAUCUUGCUCCACGUCUCCAUGCCUCUACCCCAGUCCCACCAGUGCCCACUCACCUGCAUCCCACUGCAAUGCAGAUCUCAGGACCAACAGCUACCAACAGCACCAGCCCCCAGGCGAUCAACACCUUUCCUACCACUACAACAGUGAUGUAAAAAGACAGGGCUCCAGCUGUGACUCAGCUUAUGGCCAAACAAGUGUGGGCAUGAUUCACCACCAUUCCUCCAUGCAGACUUUUGAAGAGAGCACCAGCUUCUCUGGUAGUAUGCAGGCCUACACAAGUACCAGCACCUUGCAGAGUCUGUUGACCAGAGGAACCCAAUUCAGUGUCAAGGACAUGAUGCUUGGGAAGGUGAAUUUGGUCCACUCCAUGAUGGUUGCUCAAGGCAAUCCGGUAGGAUGCAGCAGUAGCCAGCAUGGUCACAAUAACACUCCUGCUCAUGACCCUUCCUCUAAAACAUCUCACAGCUACAACAUCAUUCAAAGCUUGAGCCAAGACCAUCACCAUGCGGUAGUACACUCUCAACCCAGUGAUGAACACAUGCAGUUAUACAUGCAUAAAGCUCCUUACCAAUACAGCCCCCAAGCCCACACACAUUUCCCAGCAUCCACCACACUCCACCCAAGCCCUGCAGGCAUGCAAGGAAUCCCACAGGAUACCUGCCACCUUGAAACAGCCCCGUAUCCACACCCCCACCCCGACAUUUACACCAAUACAUAUCAGCACAGUAUGCCUGAAGGACCAUACCACCAACCUCAGGAGGCAGGGGAAAGGUACCACUACCACCACCCUCAUCAGAUCUACCCUCACGAGUGGCUGCCAGCUGACCUGGAUAUGUUCCAUAGCAGCCUAGACAGUGACUUCGAGUCCAUCCUCCUCCAUGACAUUCUGGACACGGGAGGGGAUGAUGACUGCAAUUUGGACUCCUCAUUGGCACAGGGAAUGGGCAUGGGCUUAAGAUUCAGAGUUACAGAGCAGAACCACAACAAACAGAGCUGGGUGCCCGGAUAAACACCACCCCCCUGGAAUAUUACUUGAAUAUUAGUAGAGGCAUUACUGCCCACACACCAACCAGCAGUUCCUGCUGAAAAGACCAGUUUAGACCAGUAUGAAUUGCCUGGCAGUUUCUAGCUGGUUUAUGCUGGUUGGUGCUGUUUUUAUUCUGGUCUGUCUGCUGGAUCAGCAAUGUUGUGUACCAGCAAAAAAUGCUGAUCAACCAGCAUUCUUUUGAAACUGGUUGACCAAGGUAGGCUUUCUGGUUAGGCUAGUUAAGAAGCUUGGUGGGGACACCAGCUUCUCAUGCUGGGAACCAGCACAGCUGUAAUUUUCAACAGAUGUGGGGUUUCAACACCCCACCCAUGUUCAGGAUGAAUGCACUGUGCUGACACUCAUCAAACCAAGAUGAAAAUCUUGUUUGUAAAAAACUGCCUUUUGAUUUCUGUUUCUGCCUGCUUAUGUGUUCAUGUUGUGUGUUCAUGCAUUUAAACCUGAUCUGUCUUUUACAGUUUCUCUUUGUCCCAGUUUGCUUUGUGUCAAACCCCUUUAAUCUCACUGACUGAACCGUGAUGACAAUCUAUGCUAUGUUGCUCAACAUUUAUUUUGUUCUUCAGUCAAAAUCUAACUCUGAACUUUGAGCACUUUAAACGCAUUGAGCAAAUCCAUAUUUAUAAUCUUGUACAGCAGAGGUGCAGGGAAAGAGGGCAGCAAAUAACAUGUAGGGACACCCAAAUGAAAUGUAGCAUUAUUAAUCAGAUCGCCUACAGCUGCCAGCUCAUCAGACAUCUGACCUUUUCAUAUUCCUAAUGAAUUUAUUAGGUUUUAAUUUCUUCAGUAACUUCAAGCCAUAAGAAAUGUAUAGUAUAUACUUUGUUCUUAGUGGGCCUCAGUAACUUGUUAAAUUCUACUUACCCCCUACAUCGCUCACUUCUCUAUUGACAGCAGCUUGAUUGAAAUUCAGUGUGUUGUUUUUUUAAUCUCCAAACUGAUGCUGCAGUGAUGCAUCAUUAUUGCAGACUGAAUGCAGCCCUUCCAUCAAGAGACCAGAAUAUCAUAAAGAUUUAGAGGUAGGUUUAAAUCCAGUUGACAUUAAAAUCUGACCUCUUUUUAUUGUCCUGUUUUCUUUCAUGGCCAAAAAGAAUUUCAAAGAAAGCUUGUAGGCUGGACUGAGGGUUCGGUGAAAUUUUAAUACCAGUUUAGGAAAUCAUUAUUACUCAUGGGUGCUAUACUCUUCUCAGCCAUGUGUGUGUGAGAGUUUGUGGUUUCCAGGACUUCUCCUGAUACUCCACCCCCAUGCUCUUCUCUUUUGCUCCUUGAGUAAAGCAGGUGGGAGUGAAAUGGGGUCUGCCAUUAUGCCAACAGGUCAAGUGUAUCUCACUCCAUCAAACAUAUUCCCAUCUCUAGACACCAUUCUUCUGCUAAGGUGAUGUGGCAGCAUUUUGUGUCAGUUAAUAUCUACUUCCACACACAUAGACCAUCUCCUGUUUUUCAACUGAAGUGUCAUUCUAAAUAGCUCAUACUGAAUUACAUUAUGUUCUAAAAGAAAGACUCAAGAUUGUUGGAAUAAAAGCAAAUGAAAGGAUAUUUAUAUAAUUUGGUGUAAGCUCCGUCCUUCGGUUCAGCACUCCGAUGCUUGUUAGAACCAUCAGAUCCUUCCGGGGUGAUGACGGCAGGGGAGCAGAGCUUACCUCUGCCCAGGACAGGAUGUAAACUGGUGGAGAUGGGGUGGGAUGGGGGGUGAAAACACAGAAGUAUGUGAACAAUGGGAGGCAGCUGGCAGGCUUAUAAAGCAGAGGCUAUAUUGUGAUUGGAUGAGAUGCCGGAGAGUAUGAAUCCCGAGAUAUUCCUGCUAGAACUACGCAUACGCUUACAUAUACAGAGAAAAUGAGGUUGCUCAAUUCUACUAUAAACUAUAAAAAUUAGAAAUUAAGACAGACUAUGAAAGUCAUGUAUCAGAGAGACUCUUUGUGUCUGUCUUUCCAUUGGUUUCGGUGUUUGGAAUUAAAUCAUGUUUUCUUACUGUGCUCUGGCUCUUAUUUUGUACAAACAAAAUCUAUAUAUUAAAAAUAUUGUAUGAUAGUUUUUAUGAAUUAAUGUGAAGUUAAGAAGUUUCUUGAUUUCAUUCCUUUUUAUUUCUUUUGUUUAGAGAAUGUUUCUCAUCAUUUGGUGACUAAAUAAAUAAGACGA